AAAAAAUGGAAGCAUCGCACGAAUCCUUUAUCAUGGAUCCAGUUAAGAGUCAUACCAUGGUAGACGACAUUGUCCAUGACCCUGCACCAGAAAGCUCUGCAAGCUCAGAUCCGCAAGAAGAAGAAGAAGAAGACCGGCACCAGAAAGAUCAAAUGUACUAUCAAGAACUCUUUGACAAGCACAUAAAGGUGUCCCAAAAGCCAGUGUGUCAUGACAAGACAGCUGUCCUGCUCCUCUCCUGGGACCCUAAACUCGAUGAUCUUGGAGUGCAGAAAGAGGUGAAAAAUCUCGGCGAAGUUUUCCAAAAAGCGUACAACUUUACGAUUAGCUCGUCCCAUAUCAAAGGCCACAAUCCACAGGCAUCGGUCAAUCGCUUGUUAUCUGAAUUCGUGGACGAUCAUGGGCACGAACACUCGUUGUUGAUUGUCUACUACGCUGGUCACGGAUGGAGUGAUGAACAUGGGCAGUUCAAGAUCGGCCCGCGACGACGUAACAAAAUCUUGGUUCGUGAUGAUAUCGUUUGGAAGCAGGCCGAGGAAAUUCUCAAACCUGCAUUGUCCGACGUAUUGGUCAUCUUCGACUGCUGCGAAGCAGGUGCCCUAGCCCACCAAAGUCGCUCACCCCAUAGGACUUUCGAAUACCUAGGUGCUUGCAAGGAGGGCCAAACAACCCGAAAACCAGGCGAUCGUUCUUUCACGUCCGCGUUGAUAUUAGCCUUAAAAGAAUUGGCCACGAGAGCAACGUUUUCAACCCUGGAACUAUUAGACAAGAUUCUUGAGGCGCCUGAGUUUCCGAAGUUCGAGCAAGAGCCGGUUCUAUUUGUCAGAGACGCACCCACCAGGAAGCAUAUCGAUAUUCAGCCUUUGACCAAAGACGCUUUGACCAAAGAAUGUAAAAUGCCUAUGGCAGAACCUGAGUUUCGUGAUGGCGCCAACGAAUACCUCGACAUCCGAUUAGAGUUCAACCGACGUCUGGGUCCGGAUGACAUCGUCAAGAGCACCACGCAUCUAAGUAAGCUAAUUGACAACUCGGAUAUCCCGGUAAAGACCAUUUGCUUGAAACGAAAGUCUUCAUUGGUUGCAGACUAUGCAUACCAUUGGAGGCGCACGGUGAAAAGGAAGACCUUGAACGGAGCAAGUAGACGAUCCCCGCUGGUGACUCCAGGCCUUUUGGCACCGACUAUGGUGAAGGAUGAAGACUAUCUAUCAGAGAGUCCCGCCCAAAUUGGGCCAGCUCAUUUUUUGUCGAACAACAAUGCUGCGCAGCAGGAGGAGCAGUCCGUCUUGCAACUCGCUAUCCCACGCACACAGGAAGUCUUGCGUCCGAUGGAGCCACGCGCGGAUGACCGCACUCGAGGAGAUGGCGGCGUGUUCUACCAUUCUAGGAUGGUGGUUGUAAGGACCGCGGAGAAUUGCCAGUCUGGGCUCGGUUGGGUAAGGGACAAAACCAAGAGCAGGCCAGUAGUGACUCUAGGCUUCUAAUGUGGUUUAGGACAGCCUCGUCAAGGACUAUAAAGCUCAAGUGGAGAUGUUUCUCUUUCUUUCCCAUAUCACGUCUUGAGGACCGUUGUCGUCGCCUUCUUUCUUUGCACCGUACUUUAAUUGUUUGAGGCCUUGAUCGCGUCCUAGAUUUUGCUUUAAUUGAUAUUACUUGAUUGGAUUGCCU